AUGCUCUCUAGCAACAAUACAUUAGCCGUAGAUUAUAGCAAAGGCAUAUCUUCAGAUGAUAUCUAUGUCAUCUUGCAUGAUUCCUACUGUCUUGGUGCACUCUCACCGUAUUUUGAACACCUACCUAUUCUAAAUGUGAUUGAAAAGUAUGCCGAAUACAUAACUUCGGUAAACGGCAACAUCACACCAGAAACACUGGUACAAACCUUUGGAAUGAGGCCAACGGAUGCCUCUCUCCUCAUAUCAGUGGUGUUUGCGGGCAUCGAGGAUAUGGCCAAUACGAUAACAACAAUCGCACAUGAUAUCAAACCUCAUCUGCCGCAUCCUACCAACCCAAAUCUGAUUGCACCUCUUUAUAUUACACUCACGGCUUUUACCGCCUUUAUCAUGACGUUACGGGUGUUUUCAAGGCGUAUAGUAGCUAAUGGUAUCGCGUCGUUUGAUUGGCUCGCACUAGUUGGUUUCGUAAGUCUUCUAGCCCGAAACCCCCUAGCAUCAAAUUUUGAUGACGACAGCAUGGGGGGCAUUGGCAAUCUACCAUUCAAACAUCAGUAA